ACCAAUCCCAGCAACAAACAAUCCUUCAAAUGCUAGGACGCCGCGGCCCUCUAACGGGCGGCCUCCCGCUCGCUCCCCGCCCCACAUCUGUCCCGCACUCGGGCGCAGCAGCUGAUUCAUCUCCAGCCAGGCCCAGGGAAGGAACUGCGCUCCAGCAAGUUGCAGACUAGCUUCCAGGCUGGUGGUUUCCCCUAGGACCAUGUUUCCCCCCCCCGCCCUCUGCCGUUUUAGAUGUGUGCUCUCAUAGGUGCCGAGCAGUCGGCAAACCACAGAAGAAAAAAAAAGUCAUAAGGUUGCUGCCUUCUUAGAAUGACGCUUUUUUCCUUGUUUAUUCAUUUUAAGUCCUGUAAUUGGUAAAACCACCCAAGCUUUGUAAACUCUGGCCUUAAUUCACUCUCGAGGCGGAGGUGUCUUUUUUUUGGGAGGGCGAGUGGGUGGGAGGCUGGCUUUAAUUUUCAGUGUGAUCCUGAAACAGAGGCUCCAAAGUCUGGUUAGUCAUCGUUUGGCCGCCUCAGCCCUUCUCGGGUUUAACAUUAUUUCCACGGAGCUUUUCCUGCCGGCUUCUCCAUCGAGGUUACAAAACAAAAACAGCACAGAGCCGAAACUGGAGGCAGACUCAGGCGCUGACGUCUCUACUAGGUUUAUUUACGGUUUGGGUGUUUUUGUUUUUUUUGUUUUUUUUUUUUUUAAGUGAUGGGGAAAGUCUUAGAGAGGCAUGCGACAGUUCGUUUACUUCAAAACAACGGGACACACACGCGAAAACUAGACCCAGUGGAGAGGGCGGGGAGGGGGCAGGCGUUUCUUGAAAUCAGCCAAACAGCAUCUGGUCUUUUAAAAGGGUAAUCUCAUCAAGGAACUCCUGUUGGAGUCCUAACUCUCAACCAAAAUAAACUAACAGGAACAUGUGUUUGCUCAAUGGCUAGUUUCUGUUUGAAAUUACCCGAGGGGAGAAAGGGUCCCCUAACAGGGUUUAAGUCCUAAAAGUAGACUGUUUAUCGAAACAUAUGAGCAGCCCCAGUGUGGUCGCCCCCUUCCCUUAAAGGCGGCACUGCCGGGGUCGGAGGGUGGGGGUUUCAGGCCGAUUUGCAGCCAGGCGGGCGCGCGCCCGGGCAGUCCCCAGGCUGAGACUUUUAAAGAGCAUGUGAGCAUGACAAGUGUCUAUCCGCAACGUGUUAGAUUUUGAAACUGCCGUGCAAUCCAUUCCGGAACUCGCAGCUUUAGCCCGGGGUAACAGACAUUCGCCUGGGGUGUCUGUGUCUCACUCUCCUCCCCCACCCCGCCGUCGCUGUUGGAGGAAGAGCCCCGGGAGGAGCAGGGUGCGACGCGCCGCGCCCGCGUGUCAAUGGCAGCCGCGCAUUCUGGAAGAAGUUGGUUCUUGUCCUGAAUACUUUUCCUACGGUGCCCCGCCCCUUGAAUCAGAAGCAGCUGUCUUCUCCUUGCGGCUAGAGAGGGACGGUGGAGUUUGGGGCAGCUGUCAAAAACGAGAGGGAAGCCUUUUCUUCCCUGGGGUGGAGGAGGGGGCAGCAUUUUUCCAUCUGUUGCAAUUUCCUAACCAAACGCACCCUCGCCAGCCCAAGGAAGAAAGGCCCAAAGGAGAAACCCAGGCAUUAGGCUGGUGCAGCCGCCGCCGCCGAGCGAGGGAUGCGGGCGGCGUGCGCGCUGCAGGGAGGAAGGAUCGGGUUUCUGGGCUCAGCAGCCCCCACGAGUGACGGGUGACAGCGGCUAGCCAGGCGCGGAGUGAGGCAGCGCGGCCGGGGCUCUCGGUGCCGGCCUCCCUGCCUGGAAGCGCCGAGGUACGCCGAGCAGGAGCGGGGAACAAAGGAGACGAGUGGGGAGGGGAGCGAGUUGGGCGAAGGAGAGCCCCCGGACGACUGCCAGAAGAUCCCGACAGGAGGAAGCCCAAGUGUCACUUGAAUUCCACCCAAGGAGCGAGCGCCUGGGAUCCGAGAGCCUUGAUUAGCAAUAACGGCUGAGCGCGUCCUAUAAGUUAGGGGAGAGUCUGCGGGGAAGGAGGACAAUCGCUUGCCCCCUCCACCCCCGCUCUUGGCCCCUCGAGACCACAGCAUCGCCUAGCGCUGGAAGGGAAGCUCCAGAAUGAAAAGCAAGAAAGGUGUUGUGGUAGCGUCCGGCAGUGAGACGGAGGAUGAUGACAACAUGGAUAUCCCCCUGGACCUUUCUUCUUCUGCUGGUGCAGGCAAGAGAAGGCGCAGAGGCAACCUGCCCAAAGAGUCUGUUCAGAUUCUCCGUGAUUGGCUGUAUGAGCACCGAUACAACGCCUAUCCCUCGGAGCAAGAAAAAGCAUUACUGUCCCAACAAACACACCUGUCUACACUACAGGUCUGUAACUGGUUCAUCAACGCCCGCCGCAGGCUCCUCCCAGACAUGCUGAGGAAAGAUGGCAAAGAUCCAAAUCAGUUCACAAUUUCCCGCCGUGGGGCCAAGAUUUCUGAAGCGAGCUCUGUGGAGUCAGCAAUGGGCAUCAAAAACUUCAUACCAGCUCUAGAGGAGAGCCCGUUUCAUUCCUGUUCAGCUGGACCAAACCCAGCCCUGGGGAGACCACUGUCCCCCAAGUCAUCAUCCCCAGGAUCAAUAUUGGCUCGCCCAUCAGUGAUUUGUCAUACCACUGUGACUGCAUUGAAGGACGUGCCUUUCUCUCUCUGCCAGCCAGUUGGUGUGGGACAAAACACAGAUAUACAGCAGAUAGCAGCCAGCAGCUUUACAGACACCUCCCUCAUGUACCCAGAGGACACGUGUAAAUCUGGACCAAGUACAAAUACACAGAGUGGUCUUUUCAACACUCCUCCCCCUACUCCACCGGACCUCAACCAGGAUUUUAGUGGAUUUCAGCUUCUAGUGGAUGUUGCACUCAAACGGGCUGCAGAGAUGGAGCUUCAGGCUAAACUUACAGCUUAACCCUUUUUCAAGCAAAACAAUUUUCACAAAUGUUAUGAUUGUCGGGGUGAUGGCAAGAGAUGAACUGCAUUAUUUUAUAUAUUUUUUUAUUAAUAUUUGCACAUGGGAUUGCUAAAGUGAAGCUUCCUGUUACUGAGAUGUCUUCAGUGGAAUACAGUCAUUCCAAGAACUAUAAACUCAAAGCUACUGUAGAAACAAAGGGUUUUCUUUUUUAAAUGUUUCUUGGUAGAUUAUUCAUAAUGUGAGAUGGUUCCCAAGAUCAUGUGAUUUUUCCCUCUCUCUCUCUCUCUCUCUCUCUCCCCCCCCCUUCCCUUUUUUUGUUGGUUUUUUUUCCCCCAGACUGUGCAAUACUUAGAGAACCUAUAGCAUCUUCUCAUUCCCACGAGGAACAGGAUGCCCACAUACUGUCUAAUUAAUAAAUCUUCAGUUUUUUUCAAACAAGUAUGAAUCUAGUUGAUUGACACCUUUUUUUCAUGACAUAAUAAAAUAUUUUCUUUAAAAUUUA